AUGUCUCCGAGUUCGGAGUCAAACAUCUUUAUCUACGCUGACUUCGACCUUGAAGCAGUAUGUCGUCGGGCAAGCACGCUACGGCAGGGUAUCUCCUGUACUUUUGAUCCCGCUUCAACUGGGCUAUAUUUUAUUCUUUUCGGCGAUGGCACACAAUGGGUUUUGAGGUCGCCACACCCGAGGACAUUUAUGCCUCUUGAUGUUGGGGUAAAGCUACUAGCAAGCGAAGCGGCUACACUUCUAUACCUCAAAGCCCGUAGCGAUAUACCGGUCCCGGAAGUAUUCGCAUCGUCCGAUAAUGACAACAAAGUUCCGUUCAUCCUUAUGAGCGAAGCGCCUGGCUGGCCACUAUCAAAAGUCUGGGACAAGGUCAUGACCCAGCUAGGCGGUGUCACCUGGAAACUCUUGCAGUUACGACUUGAUGAAUUCGGCUCAUUCUAUGAUGACGAUGGAGGUCAGCGCGGCCCUUUCACUACCGACGCAGACUUUUACGAAAGCCUUGUUUCCAAAUUUCUGGAACAAGCAGAUUGCCUGCAGUUAUCACAUCAUUGUUUUGUGGCCCCAGCUGUGGAUCUGUGGAAUGACUUCGUCACUGUCGGCAACAAAAUCGAUUCUGCGGAUAACAGGUUGGAUUACAUUGUUGCAGGUGAUGCUCUCCGCGACAUUAUAAGCCCAGUAUUACACACAGCCUUCAUCGAUGGCUUCCAGGCAGCUAUGUCCAAAUCUACUGAAGAGAGUACGGUGCGCAAGUACCGCGAAUCCCACAAACGAGGCAAAUUUCACUGGAAUUCAAGUCGACUCCUCGGUCUGGACUCUAUCGGUGAUUACAAUCUCUUUGCUGUAGUUUGGCAAUCUACCUGUGGUCCCGAAAAGGAUAUAGGAGAGUACUUCUCGCAACAAUGUCGCUCACCUCACUACCUUAGGCUUUAUGACGAGGUUCGUGAGGAGGAUCGCCCACUUUGUAAAGUUGAAAGAGAUGAGAAGGACUAUUUUCGGAACAAGACACUCAUGUCCGAGUGGAAAGCAAAGUAUACAGCUGACAGUCCGCGGAGGAUUCGGCAAGAUAUGUUCGUUGCUUCUCCGAAUUUGUGGAAAUGGAUUAUGCAGUUCAUGGAGGACUGGGAGGAGAUGCUUGAUGCUGAUGCCAAUGUUCUAAACAGCAUCCGUUAA